GAUUCACCAUGAUAAUCCCUGUACGAUGUUUUACCUGCGGAAAAGUAAUUGGAAAUAAAUGGGAAGCAUAUUUAGGUCUUCUCCAAGCUGAAUACACUGAAGGUGAUGCGUUAGAUGCUUUGGGAUUAAAAAGAUAUUGCUGUCGAAGGAUGUUGCUGGGGCACGUUGAUUUAAUUGAAAAGCUUCUUAAUUACGCCCCAUUAGAAAAGUGAUUUGAUUAGGUUAAAAAUGAUUGUUGAAUAAAAGUUAUUUUAAGGAUGUAA